UCACGUUCUUCUCUCUUUUAAAUAACCCUAAAGCCUCACCAAACCCUCUCUCACUCACUUAGCUUUUCUCUCUCGAUCUCAUCUACAUCUCUCUCUCUCCCUCGUAAUCUUUGAUUUCGGAAAUGGCUGACAAGAAGAUUAAGAUCGGAAUCAACGGAUUCGGAAGAAUCGGUCGUUUGGUCGCUAGAGUUAUCCUUCAGAGGAACGAUGUUGAGCUCGUCGCCGUUAACGAUCCUUUCAUCACCACCGAGUACAUGACAUACAUGUUUAAGUAUGACAGUGUUCACGGCCAGUGGAAGCACCAUGAGCUUAAGGUGAAGGAUGAGAAGACCCUUCUCUUUGGUGAGAAGCCAGUCACUGUUUUCGGCUUAAGAAACCCUGAAGAUAUCCCAUGGGGUGAGGCUGGAGCUGACUUUGUUGUUGAGUCUACUGGUGUCUUCACUGACAAGGACAAGGCUGCUGCUCACUUGAAGGGUGGUGCCAAGAAGGUUGUCAUCUCUGCCCCAAGCAAAGAUGCUCCCAUGUUCGUUGUUGGUGUCAACGAGCACGAAUACAAGUCUAACCUUGACAUUGUUUCCAACGCUAGCUGCACCACUAACUGCCUUGCUCCACUUGCCAAGGUUAUCAACGACAGGUUCGGAAUUGUUGAGGGACUCAUGACUACCGUCCACUCUAUCACUGCUACUCAGAAGACUGUCGAUGGUCCAUCAAUGAAGGACUGGAGAGGUGGAAGAGCUGCUUCCUUCAACAUCAUUCCCAGUAGCACCGGAGCUGCCAAGGCUGUCGGAAAGGUGCUUCCACAGCUCAACGGAAAGUUGACCGGAAUGUCCUUCCGUGUUCCCACCGUUGAUGUUUCAGUUGUUGACCUCACUGUCAGACUCGAGAAAGCUGCCACCUACGACGAAAUCAAGAAGGCUAUCAAGGAGGAAUCUGAAGGCAAACUAAAGGGAAUCCUUGGUUACACCGAGGACGAUGUUGUUUCAACCGACUUCGUUGGUGAUAGCAGGUCGAGCAUAUUUGACGCAAAGGCUGGAAUUGCAUUGAGUGAGAACUUCGUGAAACUGGUGUCGUGGUAUGACAACGAAUGGGGUUACAGUACCCGUGUGGUCGACUUGAUCGUUCACAUGUCCAAGGCCUAAUUCUGAAAAGAAGACCUCGUCGAGUGUUGGGGAGGAAGAAGUCAUAUUUUUCAUCCCCUUUUUAAUGGUGUAGUUUCUUUCGAAUAAGUUUUCUUGAGAUUUGAAAACUCUUUUUUUUUGGGUUUUGGCAAGACUCGUUCACGUGACGUGAUGGGAGUAUGUAGACCGGUUGUUUUAACUGAAAGCCCUUUAUGUUUGGCCUUUGAUAUAUUCGAGUUACGUAUGGUUUAUCAGUUUUAAA